GUCACGUGCGUGCGUGCGUCCACCGAUCUCGAUCUCCUCUCUCUCUCUCUCUCUCUCUCUCCCACACCGCCGUCUUGCUCGAGCUGGCUGACGAGGUUGUCGUCUUUCGCUGCCUUUUUGUUUGUUAUUUUCUUGUGUUCGUUGAGAUACGAAAAUUUCUUAGCUGACGGGGACUGAGAUUUGUAGUCGGUAGAGUUACGCUCCUCGGUGCCGAGGAGAUUGGAGAUAUAGAGACGUAUUUUGGUGCCUCGCGCCGUCGGUUCGUGCAUUUUCAAGAGUGUGCCGUCGAAGCUGUCUUCUGGAGAUCUGGGGUCUUCUGGGUAGAUCGCUUGCUGUGUUGGGCGAGGUGGUCAUAGCUAGUUGCUCUGGCGAGCACGAUCAACCCAGGCAGGGCUAAUUUUCCGUGAUGCCUACCUAGUGCAUCAGUUUCUUUAACUUCUUCUGAUAGUGUCGCUUGUGAAGCCUUUUGGCCUCACAACUUCUGUAGAAUGUGGAACUUUGGACCCAACUUUAUUGCUGGAAAUGUUGGUUCGAAAAGCGAGCAUCGAAAAUCGACUCAAGCUGCAUCAGAAUGCUCAGACGAUGAGGUCUCUUCCAUUACUAGCAGAGAGGAAGGUCUGGAGUGCCCUAUAUGCUGGGAAUCCUUUAAUAUAGUUGAAAAUGUCCCUUAUGUCUUGUGGUGCGGUCAUACCCUUUGCAAAAAUUGUAUUUUAGGAUUGCAAUGGGCCGUUGUGAAGUUUCCUACUCUACCAAUUCAGCUUCCGCUCUUCAUCUCCUGUCCAUGGUGCAAUCUCUUGUCCUUCCGUCUAGUUUAUAAGGGCAACCUUAAGUUCCCCCGAAAGAACUAUUUCUUGCUCUGGAUGGUCGAGAGCAUGAAUGGUGACCGAGGGAAAUUGUGCUCCUCCUUGUGUGAAGAUCAUCAGCCACAGUGGUCAUCAAACAGUAAUCCAUCUUUGGGAAGUCGAGUGAGCAGGGGCAACUUGAGGAGGGUGCAACAUGUCCACCGUACUGAGUCAGCUGGAUCAAGUCAUGAUCAAAAUCGCGUGAAUGUCUCUCUUAAUAUGGAAACAAUUCAUUCUUCCUUGCGGAAAUCUCUGGUUUUCUUUGUUCAUCUGACGGCAAAGUUCCCUCUAGUUGUCAUAUUCCUCCUCAUUGUGCUAUAUGCAAUACCGGCCAGUGCAGCCAUCUUGGCUUUGUACAUGCUCAUCACGGUUCUUUUCGCUCUCCCUUCCUUUCUCAUCUUGUAUUUUGCAUAUCCUAGCUUGGACUGGCUUGUGAGAGAGAUCAUCACUUAAGAGGGCAGUUGCUUUUGCCUAUUUCAGUGUGAAUAUUAGCUUCCAUCUGUGAAAAAUACGCUCAUACAUCUAUAAAUUUGUCGAAAUCUCACCUUCCAUGGCAUUCUCGGCUGCUCAUUUUCCGUAAGUCCAUGAUCUCAUUAUCUCCCUUAUCAUCAACUCGGCUCCUGGGUCAGGUGAUUAAAUUUUGUCAUGUCUUUUCUGCAACUCAUCAGCAGUGUGAUUUGACGACCACGUUUUUGUGCUGGUUCUUCAUCCUCAGAGCUACUUGUAAUAAAUCUGUGUUAGGACUAUCUUAUCCAGAGAAUGAUGGGCAACUGUACCUGUAUUGGAACUCCCCAGCAGUUUGCUACCAGAGGUUGCUAUGUCUUCUUAAUGUGGCGGGGCUCUUAUAGAAUAUGGUAGGAACUCUGUUUAGUGGGGUUUAGUUGAUUUGAAAAUCUGCGAGUUUGUAUGGAGAUCAAUGUUAAAAGUGAAAUAUUUGUUCGAUUAUACUGGCGAAUAUGGUUUGUGGCAUUGUAAAGGAACAUUUCAUCUCUGCAAUUUCUUUUUAACCAGUGGAUUGUCAUGAAGUCAA